AUGACGAAAAAGAAGAAAAAAAAUAAAUUUAAUUGGGAUAAACCGGAUUUUAAAGCACUUAAAUCCUAUAAAGAAUCAAAAAAUGUGAUCUCUAAACGUUCCAAGCCCAAGUCGAGCAAAAAGUACUCAAUGAGUGAAAUCAAAAAUAGAUUAUCUGGCAGUAGAUUUCGUUUUUUGAACGAACAGUUGUACUCUAGUGAGAGCGAAGAGGCCUGGAAUAUGUUUAAAAACGAUCCGAGCCUGUUUAACAUAUAUCACGAAGGGUACCAGAAUCAGGUGUCAAAUUGGCCAUACAAUCCAGUGUUGAAAGUAAUAUCAUGGUUAAAGGAUAACAAGCGUUAUAAAAGUAUAGGCGACUUUGGAUGCGGAGAGGCGUUGAUAGCAAGAAGUGUGCCGGAUAGAAAAGUGCACUCCUUUGAUCUCGUGGCAACAAACGAGUUUGUAACGGCCUGUAACAUGUUAAAGGUGCCACUGGAAGAUGAUUCGUUGGACGUGGCUGUUUUCUGCUUGAGUCUAAUGGGCAAAGAUUGGCCCUUGUUCAUAGUGGAGGCCACCCGUUGCCUAAAGCUCGGAGGCGUGCUAAAGAUAGUGGAGGUCACGAGUCGACUUAUUAACGUGAAGGAGUUCGUCAAAUUCAUAAACGCCUACGGAUACCAAGCCAACGCCUACAACUACAAGAAGGAGGACUUCUUUGUGACCUUUGAAUUUAUUCUGAAGACUAGGCAUGCCUUAAAUAAAAGUGCAUUUGUGGAAAAAAGCGGACUGCUAAGCCCGUGUUUAUACAAGAGCAGGUGA